GGGGAAGGCUGAUGAAAUUGUAUAUCCAAUGCAAUUGUAUGCAUCAAAUUUGUGUCUGAUACUGAUAGUAUAUGCAAGUUCACACUCGGUUCUUGUAUCUGUUAGAAGCUAGUCACGUAGGUACUCUCAAAUAUUAUUUAAUUUCAACUGUUAUUAAAUUAUGUUUUAUUUUCUCCAAAGUUAUUAGUUAUUUUAAUAUUAAACUUGUCUGACUUGUAACACUUGCUGCUCACUACUACUACUAUUACUAGUAUUACUAUACUAAGUACUACUAACUCGUAACUCAGUAACUGCUAGCCGGCUCAGGCUGAAUGUAAGGAAUAGUGUGAUAUUGUGAAUAGUGUCAUCACUCACUGGCCACUGGGAUUGCGAUGGGAAUGAAUAAGAGAGUGUGCUUUUUAAUCAAUCUUUGAUAAUUGGUUCAAUUACAAUAUUAAAGACAACACAAUGACUCUCACACUUCAAAAGUUCAGUGACUUCAUCCAGAGCAGUUCACUCUGACUCUAACUCAGCCAGUAACCAAAUAACCAGGGUCACAACACACACUCACACACUGUGACUCAAAUUAUAUUUUAUUUAUAUUUAUUUGUUAUAUUUUUUUUACUUACAGUUAUUAAUUUUAAAAAAAAAUGUAGAAUUAGAAGCCUAGUGCAGUAGAAUUUUUAAAAAUAUUAAGAAAUAUUAAUAUUAUGGUAAUAUUAAUAUUACCAUUUAAAAGUUUAGUCACUUAGCACUACUUAGCAGAGUUAGCUUUUUUGAUGCUUAGGCUUUGCCUUAGGGGCCAUCCAUAAGUGACAUCACGCAAAUUUUGAUAAUUGUUUACCUCCCCCCAUCAUCAUAAAUCAUCACAAAAAGUUAGACCCUUUAUACUUUAUAAAUAUUCCCUGUGUCCACUACUGUCCUUUACAAACCACUAUACAAAAUUCACCUUGAAUGGAUAUAAAAUAACUGCAUCUGUGUCAGAAACAUUUCCUUAGAACAGUGGUUCUUAAAGAAAAUUGUAUUUGCUGCCAUUGCUAGUAGUUGAUGCUUUAAAAAAAAAUUAGUUUUUAUAAUUAAAUUUGCAGUAUCAAAGAACAAUGUUAAAAAUGUCUGUAAUUUGGGGUUAUUAAGUUCAAUUACUAUAAUAUUCUGCUUUUCAUGUGACACACAUUGCUUAACUGGUUAACUACCAUGAGGCGGUGGGAGCGGCUUGGCGUUUCUUUGGUUAUGGCCACGAGCCGCUGGUAGCGCCAAUGUUUGUAUCAUAUUAAAUCAAGUCAAAUAUUUUUAUUUUUCCCUUCCCGUUCUGCUUUGAGAUUUUAAUUUACAGACAGUAUGUUUUUAUUCAAACUGCAUACUAUCGGCAGAAUGUUUUAAAAAAGGAGCUGUUAAUUAAUUUUGAUUUUAUUUCCAAGCUUGUUACAAACUUGUACUACUUGUUUACAGUGGCAACAAGUGACAGGGUUAGUAAAGUAAAGGCAUGUAAGUGAUUGAAAGUGUAAAUAUUAUUCAAUUUCUGUGUUCUUUGCCUCAUUUUUCUAAUUAUUGGAUAUACUAUUUGGAAUCCGCCAAAUAAAAGGCUUUAAAUGAUUUGGAAAUUAAAAAUGUAUACGUAAGUUGGAACAUUUAUAUAUUUUUUCCUUUUUUUUUCUGUUGCAAAUACUAAUUUAAAAAUAACAAUUUCCCAAUAAAACUUAACUUUACAAAGUUUUAAGUUUAUCUUAUAGACAAUUAAGUUACCUACAAAAUCAUUAGAAUAUGUUUAAAAUUAAGAAAACUGCAGCUAAAUUUGCACAUACACCUCGAAUGAGAAAAUGUGACAUAGAUUUUUUUCGGCCACAGCAGGUUUUUCAAUCUGGUAGCUAAUCAGUUAACUCAGCUCGUCACACAUCAUCACAAAAAUGUAACAAGCCCACCCCCCCCCCCCCACCCAAAAAAAUAGGACAAGCCCCCCCCCCCCCCCCCAAUACAUGACAUCAUUUAUGGAUGGUCCCUUAGGUCUAAUGGUCAUUAACAAUAAUAUUAAUAUUGCAAUUCCUACUAUUUGUAAUUUGUUACUAUUUUGUUACUAAUACUUUAAUAUUUAUAGGAUUAAAGGAUUAAACAGGCUUAUGUUAUAAGUUAUACUACAUCUGUGAGCAGUCAAAUAUGCACAUGUCACAACAAUCACACAUAGAAAACUCAGCAAAGUCAUGAAUGCUCACACAACGUGCACACAAUUGUGCUCGCAGAUGAUUGCAUGUAAAGACUUUUGUGCACAGUGGCGUAGCAUGAAUAAAAAAACACCAUACAUACAGCAAAACCUGAAAAUAACCACAUUUGAAAUAGCCAUGUCCCUGACAUGCAUAAAUUGUCAUGGACUUGGGAGGGGGGGGGGGAGAGAAGGAAUUCAAGAGCCCUGAAGGUUACCCAGCCAAAUAUACUGCUGCCCGGGUGUGUCAAGUAAGUUGUGACACACACAGUACAUCUUAGGUCUCUAGCAACAUGUUUUCACACACAGCACACCUUAGGUCUCUACCAACAUGUUUUCACACACGGCACACCUUAGGUCUCUAAGCAACAUGUUUUCACACACGGCACACCUGACAUUAGGUCUCUAGCAACAUGUUUUCACACACGGCACACCUGACAUUAGAUCUCUAGCAACAUGUUUUCACACACGGCACACCUGACAUUAGGUCUCUAGCAACAUGUUUUCACACGCGGCUCACCUUAGGUCUCUAACAACAUGUUUUCAUACUCGGCACACCUUAGGUCUCUAGCAACAUGUUUUCACACACGGCAUACCUUAGGUCUCUAGCAACAUGUUUUCACACACGGCAUACCUUAGGUCUCUAGCAACAUGUUUUCACACACAGCACACCUUAGGUCUCUAGCAACAUGUUUUCCCAUAAGUUCGGAUAAGGCACACCUUAAGUCUCUCCAAGAAUUUAAUGAAAUAUCGCAAAUAAAAAUUUGCAAAAAUAUACUAAAUAAUACUGUGUGGUUACAAUUCUUAAUAGCGCGUAGGGCUAAAAGGUGUACAAUUACACUGCAUUUCUCUAUAUUAACUCUACAUUUGGGACAUGCUUCUGUUAUUGCAGUUUUAUAGCUUGGUUAAUACUUAUUAAAGGCUAACAAAUGUCCCUUUUACAGCAUCACAUAUGUUUAUUAUGGGCCUACAAUUUACUCUACUUAUUCUCAGAGGCAUUUUGUGAGGCACGUUCUUGGAGGCAUUUUGUGAGGCUCGUUCUUAGACAAUGUUCCCUUUAAUCUACGCGGCCGCACAGCUAUCUCACAGACGCAUAGUAGCAGUUUUGAGUAUCCACUCAGCAAAUUUUUAUAAAAAUAAUUUCGAACAAGUACGCUGCACUCUGCAGCCGGAACUAUACAGUUUUUAUAACAAAUACAUCCAUGAUUUUAAUUUGAGUCAGAUCUAUAUUUUUGUCUUCUACUUUUUACAUAGAACUAUUGAUUUACGUACUUACCAAAACAUACCGGAUCAAGUUAGUCUUGUUCUGAACCACCGACGCCAUUCAUGUAAAUUUCAUUGUGCAUAAUAAUAAUAAUAAUAAAGCUUAUUUGAAAAACACGCUUCAUCCCCAAAGGCUCGAAGCGUGGUACAAAGUCAUCCAUAUUAAAAGAGAAAUGAAAAUAUGCAUCUUUUACCACAUUGAAAUAAACGCAACAUUACAAAAACUACAUACGAGAAUACCCAUUCUAAGUCUUUCAUCCCUUGCAGCCAUAAACAGCACAGGCCACCAUACAUCUAGGAGAAAAUACUGCACAGUGAAUGUGUAUAAAUAAAUAAAUUGUAUAUGUCUAGUGUAUUAUAAAUGUAGUUGCUAAUUAUUUUUAAUAGUGUUUUACCCGUUAUGUAUAAAUAUCAGUUAAAUGAACUGUCAGUAUCAUUGCUUGCUAUGAAAAGGUGUAGAUCACAUUUUAAAAGCAAAUGGCUCAAUGAAUUUGUGCAUACAGCACUAUCAGAUUCUUUGUCAGAGCGGACUGUCAAGCUGGAUGAUAUUUUUAAAUAUCGUUAAAUUGAUGAUGAUGUUGUCUGUGAAAUGUGCUUCAAAGCUAAUGCAGGAUGGGAUCUCUCCACAGGGAAAAGGUGGGCGGAUUGGAAGCUGGAUUAUCUUAAACGACAUAUAAUGCAAAAAAUACACACAGAUGCUGUACAGAGAAUUAGUUCUAUACAGUCAGGAGGUGUACUGCGAAUGCUUACAUCAAGUGUCACUGAUCGAGGCAUGGUUGACAAGUUUUUUGACCUACUGUUUCAAUUUAUCUGGGUCAGAAUAAAAGACUAAAUACACUGUAUAGAAUUUAGCCAAUUAAGAGUUCCAAUAUCUCAUAAUAAUGAGUAGUAAUUGAUAGUAAUAUAAAAUUAUGCCUUGCAUCUUUGAGCCAGAAAUGCUGCAUACCCCUAAAUAAAGGAAAAAAGUAAUGCCAGGGGCGGAGUGCCCCGCUUUCCUAUGCCACUGUUUGCUCAUUUAGCCCUAAAUUUGAUAAAGUAUCUUUUUUUGCUCCUCAGAUACAACACAAAAUAUUUUUCAUAAAAGUUAAUUGCAUCCAAAAGCAAAAUGUCUGAAGCUCAGAGGCCUAAGUUUGAGGACACUACAGGAAGUAAGACUGUGCGGAAAAUGAAAGAGAAUCCCAUGGUGCCAAUAGGUAUGAAGAUAUUUUCAAAAAAGGCUUUACAUUUAAUUUGUGUUUGAAACCUUGUAGGCAUAUGUCAUCAUCAAUUCAGAUGAGAUUAAUAUCAUGUUUUCUCAACACGUGUAUUUAUCAAAAAUACUUCAAAAAAAUUACUAUUCUAUAUUUUUUUCCUCCCGCCUUUCUCCCUCCCUCUCUCUGUCUAUCACGGCCGACUCAAGGCGGGUACAAUGCCUGAUCAUCACACAGGCGCCAAGGGGUCCAAACUGCAGAAAGUGGCAAAAUUUGUUAAAAUGAAAAAACAAAUGUUUUUCUGAACUCUUCUCAUAAUUUCCCAGUGGGUGAAAUUUUCCCCCAACCUAAUAAUGUCUAGCGCCAGCCUGCUCUCUAUCCCCCUCCACCCCCGUCCCCCAACCUCCUUUUCAACCACUUUAAAUUUUGGAAAUUAUAUCACUAUUCAUACAUACAGAUAACACCAGCACUAGAGUUUUACAAAAGCUAAAUAAUCAAGAAGAUUGAUAGUGUCACUAACGGAGUGAAGUUUCAUGACAUAUGACAGCUGAUUUCUGGGCUAGAGAAUUAAUUAAGUUGUCCUGUGUUAAAUUGUUCAAGUUUAAAAAUCUUCUUUUCUUUGGUAAGAACAUUUAUCUAUGUGCUUUAAAUGAAUAUGUACCUUGUAAUAAAACAUUUCCAUUUCUUUGAAUCAGAAAAAGAAUCUUGUCUUAAAAAGUCUUCUGAUUAGAUUCUAAAACUCUGUCCUAAUUCAUGUAGAUAACAUUUAUUAAGUCCACUCCCUCUCCUUAAAUAAACCUUUGGGCUAACUUGAUGUUACAUUUUAACUUGAUGUUACAUUUUAACUUGAUGUUACAUUUUAACUUGAUGUUACAUUUUAACUUGAUGUUACAUUUUAACUUGAUGUUACAUUUUAACUUGAUGUUACAUUUUAACUUGAUGUUACAUUUUAAAUUGAUGUUACAUUUUUGUAACCCGCAUUCCCCUUGCCCCAUUCAGUGAGUAUUUACUACCGGUACUAAAUAACUCAUUCCUGUAUUUUUUUGUUUCUAUUAUCAUUAUAUCAAUGAUACUGAUAAAUUACUUUUUUUGUCUCCAUCAUAAUUUAUUGAGGACACGUACACUAAGACAGCACUAUAAUUAUACAAACAGCACUGUAUUUAUCCAGUUAAUAUUGUAGAAACUCAUAUAAUACUAUAAAUAUUUGAUGUUUUGCUGAUUGCAACACAUUUUUUUUAUUGAAAUGAAAAUUUUGUUAGAACUAGAACUUCUAAAAAAAAAAAUAUCAGCUUUACCCAAAGUGAAAUUUUUAUUCUUCAGGUAUGACAGGUUUCUUCCUAGCUGUGGCCUAUGGUGUCAGGAAUUUUAAAAAUCGUCCAAAGAAUAUGUCACCAUCAAUGUACAUCAUGAGAUUUCGUGUCUUUGCCCAAGGCAUAGCGGUGGGCUGCAUGUUUCUAGGGAUUGGUUACACCAUAAUGAAAGAUCAUUGGAGUCAAAGUCAUCCAGGUGAUAAAAAAAAGUAACGCUGGGAUUGUCUGACAAAAUUGUAGUGGAUUAUUAUUAUUGAAAUUGAUUUGCUAUUUUGUUUGAUUUGUCACAUGUACUUUUUAUUGCUAGAGAAUUGUAUGACAAAAUUGUGGCAGUUGGAAAGGUGGAGUAGCUUUUUAUGAAUAUUUUUUAUCCCCAACUCAACUUGACAUUGUCCUGCUAUAUAUUUCAGUUAUUUAAGGGUCAAACAGGCAUACAAAAUUAUGUCAGUAUAAAAAGAGAGUUUCACUUUCACCUGCAUUCAUUUUAUUCAUAUGCCAAGCAUGUGUCUUUGGUAUAAUAUCUGGGAGCUGAAUGCAGGCAAGAGUCUUGAUUCCUUGCAACAUAAUCAAACUGUCUGGCAGUACAAUAUAAUCAGUUGAUCUGAAUAUAAACUAUAAAGCGCUGUCUAGUUUAGGAACCAGCAACACCAAAUAAAUUAUUUAGAUGUGACAUGGAACUGUCCCUUUGUUAUUGUUUUACUGUGUAUAGUUGCUCAGAGUUCGUAUGCAAAUGUAAAGGUAAUUAAAAUUUUUUGAACAAAACAGUUGAGAGAGAUGGAAUGAAUACUUGUGCAAAACAGUUGAGAGAGAUGGAAUGAAUACUUGUGGAGAGAUGGAAUCAUGAAUGGUAGUGGAGAGAUGGACUCAUGAAUGGUAGUGAAGAGAUGGAAUCAUGAAUGGUAGUGGAGAGAUGGAAUCAUGAAUGGUAGUGGAGAGAUGGAAUCAUGAAUGGUAGUGGAGAGAUGGAAUCAUGAAUGGUAGUGGAGAGAUGGAAUCAUGAAUGGUAGUGGAGAGAUGGAAUCAUGAAUGGUAGUGGAGAGAUGGAAUCAUGAAUGGUAGUGGAGAGAGGAAAUCAUGAACGGUUGUGAUUCAAGAGGAGGAGGGUAGAUUAAACUAAAAAUUGGUUAUUAUUUUUGGAAAGAAUUUGUUUGAAUUCGAACACAUGCACUUGACUUGAAUGCAGAUAUUUUUAAAAUUUUUGUUAAUUUUAAAUUACAUUUGGUAUUUCUGAUAAAACAACUAUGAAUGAAUUGAUGAGAUCAAUACACUGAUGUUACUACUAGAAAACUGUGAUAUUUUCAAAGUGAUUAUUUCCAAGUAAUUUUUGUCUGUUUCCCUUGAACUUGCUGUAUCAGUAUCAGCAGCAAAUUAUUUCUUUCUUUUGAACAUUCUCAAUAAAUGAAUAUAUCAAAUUCUCAAUAAAUGAAUGUAUCACAUUCAAAUAAGUUUGUUGUUUGGUAAGUUUGGCAGAAGUAUUCCAGUAAUAAUUAAUUAGUUAAAAGUAAGAUGUUGAUUGUUGUGACUUGUCUAUGUUCAUCUUCACUUGAUUAUUUGUUGUGCAAGGAAUUGGAAGAGAGGCUUUUAGGGUUAUAUUCCCUGAGGAUGGGACUUGUAGUUUUUUUGUGUGCAACGUAAUGGAUCAUAUUGAUCUUUGAUAGCUAUUUGAAUUUGUGUCUGGAAUUUAAAGGACUGGAAAUAUUUUUACUGCAAGUGAUUUGUGUGGAUUUGUAGUUUAUUUAACUAGCGCUAAUUGAGUUUGGGCAGUUGAAUAGCCUCAAACAUUUUUACUCGCUACAGCACAGUAUACAGUGUUAAAUGGAUACUAUGACUACUGUAUCGUACACAGUGUUAAAUGACUACUGUGCCAUACACAGUGUUAAAUGACUACUGUACCGUACACAGUGUUAAAUGACUACUGUACUGUACACAUUAUUAAAUGACUACUAUACUGUACACAGUGUUAAAUGACUAAUGUACCUUAAACAGUGUUAAAUUACUACUGUAUCGUACGCAGUGUUAAAUGACUACUGUACCAUACACAGUGUUGAAUGACUACUGUACCUUAAACAGUGUUGAAUGACUACUGUACCUUACACAGUGUUAAAUGACUACUGUACUCUACACAUUAUUAAAUGACUACUGUACUGUACACAGUGUUAAAUGACUACUGUACCAUACACAGUGUUAAAUGACAGGGUUAACUGACAACUGUACCUUAAACAAUGACUACAGUACCUUAAACAGUGUUGAAUGACUACUGUACCGUACACAGUGUUGAAUGACUACUGUACCUUACACAGUUUUAAAUGACUACUGUACUGUACACAAUGUUGAAUGACUACUGUACCAUACACAGUGUUGAAUGACUACUGUACCUUAAACAGUGUUGAAUGAUUACUGUACCGUACACAGUGUUGAAUGACUACUGUUCUGUACACAGUGUUAAAUGACUACUGUACCAUACACAGUGUUGAAUGACUACUGUACCGUACACAGUGUUGAAUGAUUACUGUACUGUUCACAGUGUUAAAUUACUAUUGUACCAUACACAGUGUUAAAUUACUACUGUACCUUACACAGUGUUGAAGAAAAAAAAUAAAAUUUUAGAACUAAAUUCAAGUUUGAAAAUCCCCAAAUUAAGGUUUGAAUCUCCCAAUCCAAAAAGAACAUCAUUUUUUCUUUGCGUGAUGAAUGGGUAAAUUAAAACUUCAGUAAGCCAUGUGAUUGGAAUGUGAAUACAUUGUUAUUAUAGGACCAUUUACCGAUGCGUGAAAUAUUAUGUGUGCAUUUCUUAUGUAUUGACUCUUAACGUACAUUGAAAUUCAAGUGGACAAGAAUUUUGUAGUUUUAAAUGAAUUCAAUAAUUAUUAGGUGAAUUGUGCUUGUCAUAGAUUCCAAUAAUAAAUGAAUGAUUAAUCG